GGAAGAGAGAAAGAGGCAGAGAUCAAGAAAAAGCCGACUGAGAUUUCUGUUGCACAAAAAAAAAAAUUGGAGGGGGGUGGUGUGUGAUGGUGCUAUAAUUCAAAGGGAGCUGGAAAAAAAAAUGAAAACUGAAUGCUGAACCAAAAUCAAGGACAAUGCUGACCUUACCUUUUGAAGAACCUGCCCUGAUGGCCGAUCCCCAGUUUGGCUCCAACUUUCCCCGAGAAUGCGUGUCGGAGGCCAAGAGCCGGAAGAACGACACCUGCCUCCGGGACGAGAGACCUUCAACCCCGGAGCUCAAGAAGACCGACGAGGAAGAGUCGGAGAAGGACGAAGACGAGAGGGAGGAGGACCGUGACGAGAACGGGCUGCCACGGAGGAGAGGUCCGCGGAAAAAGAAGAUGACCCAGCAGAGGGUCGAGAGGGUGAAAAUGCGGCGGCAGGAGGCGAACGCGAGGGAGCGGAGCCGAAUGCACGGUCUGAACGACGCCCUGGACAGCCUGCGGAAGGUAGUUCCCUGUUACUCCAAAACCCAGAAGCUGUCCAAAAUAGAGACUCUGCGCCUGGCGAAGAACUACAUCUGGGCUCUGUCGGAAAUCCUCAGCGCUGGGAAAAGACCCGACCUGCUCGCCUUCGUGCAAACCCUGUGCAAAGGACUGUCGCAGCCAACCACUAAUUUAGUGGCAGGGUGUCUGCAGCUCAAUGCCAGAAAUUUCCUCACAGAUCACAACGGGGAGGCAUCUCACUCUGGCAGGUCUCCAUAUGACAGCGUGUUCCCACCUUAUCAGAGCCCCGAGCUUGGCACGCCCACGGGGCAUGGUAGCGGUACAGUGGACAGCGCCAAGCCCUUUAGACCGUACGGCUACUGCAAUACCUACGAGUCCUUUUAUGAAAGCACUUCCCCCGAGUGUAUAAGCCCACAAUUUGAAGGUCCCCUAAGCCCUCCAAUUAACUUUAAUGGGAUAUUUUCCCUUAAGCACGAAGACACAGCUGAGUAUGGUAAGAAUUGCCACUAUGGGAUGCAUUACUGCGCGGUGCCAGCGAGAAGUUCUCUUGGGCAGAAUUCGAUGUUUAGGGUGUCCUCCGACAGAAAUUUCCCUUACGAUUUACAUCUGCGCAGCCAGUCCUAUGCAAUGCAGGACGAAUUAAAUGCGGCUUUCCAUAAUUAAUGAGGUAAACUAAGUGGUGGUCAUCCCCAUUGCCAGCUAAUUAACGGGAAAACAGAUUUUACUGCUCGACACAUCUAUUAUUUAAAAUGUACACGGCAUUCUGUUCUUCUUCAGUAUUUGGGUAUGGGGUGAAUUCCAGAUAAUGAUUGUUUCUGCUUUGAAUGUUAUUUUUUUUAAUGUCAGGGAGUCAGUUUGUCUACCGAUAGAGCAUUUAUCCACACCUGCAAACAGUCCACGACGCAGUUUAUUCAAAACUGUUCCCAAACCGUUGUGGAAGUACUGUAUAGUAUUGUUUUACCAUUAUGAACAUCUUUGUUCUGUGGGGAAAUAUAUUGUAUGUGUAGCUUUCGCUGAACUACAUGAUGUACUGUAUGCACAUGGAUCCUACUUUUUCAAUGUAAUAUCCUCACCAGAAAAUUCGUUUAUAUAUUUGAAUUUGUUCGAAAUCAAGACUUUGAGAAAUUGUUAAUGCGUCAUUAACUUUAAAGCGUCUGUUUCGACUCAGUGCAGUUGUUAAGAUUGUAAGACACAUUCUUUCAAGUUAAGUGAAUAUGAUUUACAGUACCUUGUAAUUCGGAAACAUCCAACGUAGUGUUACAAGCAUUUUAGAAACAAGUGUCAUUCUUCGCUUCUCAUCUUUUUAUCAAAAUGUUGUAUGAAGAACGGUUGAUUACCAAGCAAUAAAAGGAAAUCUGAACUAUGCAACAAAGAACACCCCUUUCGGAGCUGAUUCUAUUAAAACUGAAUAUUAAUACAGUCUAAAAUCCAUUAAAUACACGAUCCUGUUCUUGUUUGACGGUCGUACCAGAAACACAACCUCAUUCCGUUACCAGUAUUUUAUAGCUCGGAAUCUUAAGCAGUUGCUUUUUCUCUUUUGAAACAAAUAUUAAUUUUAUGAUGAGGAGUCUAGGGUAUAUAUCAUUAAACCCAACGAAGCAGAUGGUACUGGGGGCAUUUUAAAACAUGCAUAUACUGUAAGCUAUAUAUAUAUAAUUUUCCUGAAAACUGGAUAUGAAAGGUCAUCGUAAUUUUACAUGUGUACAUUUUUUAGUGUAUCAUAACAAGACAUUGUAUAUCGAGUGAAAACAGCCAUGCGUUUUAAGGGUUUAUGAAAGAAGUUCAUAAAGGCAAGGCGGCAAGACGUUCUUUAAAAUCUUAGUGGUAUUAAAAAUAAAUGUUUCGUGGUACAUAAAUGCAGUUUGUAGCGCAGCUGAAAUGAGAUGUUUUUUGAUCAAAUAUUUUAUUACAGGUUAUAUGAUGCUGAAGGAAAAAUAAACGAUAUGUUCCAGCUAAUAUACUGUAUCUGACGGUGCUAUAAAAAGCUGCAAGUCUUCAGGAAAAAGGAUAAUAUUUGUAAGAUAAAAAUAGGAUUGUUACUGUAUAGAACUGUACAUGUAUGUUUUCUUAAAGGGUAAACGUUCGCACAUGCAGUGACGUCAUUACUUUGAAAUGAUGGACAUCUACGUGAAGUUUCAUCGGUAUCUUGACACGAUUUUAGAUGUGAAGCAUUUCAGCUACUGAAGGUUAUAGUUUACAUGUAAAUAAUACAAUUCGUUUACAAUGUAAAGCUUCGUAGCAAUUUCGAUAUGCAAUAUUAAUGUGUUUAUUAUCCGUUAUUCUUUUAUUUUGGUCCUUACCAUAUUGUACCGUAAAUGUAUUCUUACGUUGGGGUCUUGUUUGUAGUCUGUUUAAAAAAAAAAAAUCCAAACCUAUGUGUAAAUCUUAGAAAAUGAAACCUGUAGAAUUUCGUCGAUGGGACUCAAGACUGUACUAAGUGACUUAUAAUUUAAUACGGUAAUAUUCCCUUGCCUUAAUUUAAAAGGAACUAUUUGGCACGUAUACGUUAUGCAAUGGCAUGGAUGUUUUGAAUUGUGGCUUUGUACAAUAUUUUAUUUUUCUCAUUGAUCUCUUUUAUGACAAACGUUUGGAUGAGGAAAACAAAUCGUAAUGCACUAAACUUUUAUCCUGCACAUUUGUAUCCAACAAUUAAGUUGUUUUUGUAUUGUAAAAUAAA